AUGUCAGUUGAAGCGCAACGCCGCCGCAAAACUCAACACCUUCGCCACAUCAUGGAAAACCUAGGCCAAUUGGAGCAACUCCACAAUGGCCUGAAAGCGUUGGCUCCCCACUUCGCCGGAGGCUAUGACGAACAACUUGUUUUUGGCGGCCAUCUUCUGGCCCAAUUUUAUUUGGUAGCCAAACAACUACGCGACGAUGCCGCCAUUCAUCGUAUUGAUGUCAACUUUUUGGCUAUGGCCGCUACUGACUUGCCUAUUAAUUAUGAAAAGACUCAGCAACGAGGAGACUUGUUGUGGUUGGAUGCUAGACAAGAAAACAAGCUUAUUGAUAAGAGUGUGGUCAAGGUAAGAAUUCUACUAGAUAUUACAAUACUCAGGGCCGGGCGCGAGGGGGGGGACGGGGGGGGUACCCCCCCUCAGAAAAAAAAUUUUUUUGAAAAAAGUUGAACGUGGUCCGCCCUGUGGAUUUACGGAAAAAAAAAUUCGCAAAAAAUCGGCACAGGUAUACCUGUGCCGAUUUUUUUUGGACCCCCGCCCCCCAGACCAAAAGUCCCCGCCCGGCCCUGACAAUACUUAUAAAAGUAGUAACUAUACCAAACUAUAACAGCUUCUAACACACUAUGAAAAUCUUAUAUUUCACCUUUAAAACCAUAUCCUUUCAGUACAAAGCCCCGCUAUCCCAAACAACUCGUCGCAACCUCCCAGAAAACCCACCACUCGCAGAAUUCACCGACCUACCAUCUCCAACCUCAUGUCCUGUACUAGAAACUGCUCCAAAGUCCGAAAAAUCAUCCGAACCUUUCACCUACGAAUUUAGCCACCAAGACAGACAAAUUUUUGAAGUAAGACCAAUCGAACAAAAUGGCAAAAGAAUCCGCAACUACAUGAGAUUGAGAAAGGAACUACGCGAUUCACCGAUCAAUGACCCCAUGGUUGUACCAUUGAUGAUCAGCGACUACUUGGCUUGCUUGCCACUUAGUGUGUUGAACGAAAAGCUUAGAGUGCAAAUCGAAUCGAUGACAUCUUUGAAUCAUAAAGUCGUGAUUCAUACCGAAAAAUGUAAUGUAAGUUUUUAAUGAUGACUUCUUGAGUUUGAUCAAAAUUUUAUUUUUUAAUAUAAAUGUAUGUAAAACACCCACAGUCACCUAUUAGUUCUAGCUAACAAUACUGCAAUGUUUUACCUAGGUCUUACUGUAACAUCCCACGCCACAACCAUCUUAUAGUUUGAGCUAAUAAUACAGCAAUGUUUUUCCCUAGCUCUUACUGUAACAUCUAAAAUUAUCCGAAUGUAAAAUUGGGUUGAAUAACAACCACGGCGAACUAAUAUUCGAUUAUAAUUGAUCUUAGCGCGUUUCAAGACCGAAAACCACAACUCUUGUCGAUGAAAAUCGUUGCUGAAAACCCCAUAAAACUCGAUAAUUUUAGUGGGAAAAGCGAUUUUUGAUUCUAAGCUAGGUAAAGCAAGCAUAAUUGAAAGUAAAGAUAAUUAUUAAAAAAUUAUAUUGUUGUAGGCAUUUUUAGAUAGUAUAGCUAAAUUUUAAAAUUCUAUACCUAUAUACUACACAAAAAUUAAAAAAAAACUAUCAAUUUCAAUACGAAAAAACUAAUAAAUUCAUCUUCAGCCAAACGGUUGGUUCAUUUUGGAGCUAAACCUCGAAGCCGCCACCACUGAUGGCCUAGUUUUGGGCCGUGUAGCCGCCGAAGAUGGUACACCCAUCCUCAACUUCUCUCAAAACUUCCAAUUCCAACUCAACAAUCAACCCAAGCUUUAA